CUAUAUUCUCACCAUUAAGCAUCCGUUCUCAGUCUCUCCACACCUUCAAGCAAGCAGUCGCCGAAACACAGGGUUUCUUUGGCUUUCUCACAGCUCAAUCUAGAAGCUCUCUCUUUGCUCUUCGCUCCGCCGUCAUCCAUGGCUGAAAAGACCGACUUCGAUUCUCGCCCCGGCCAGAUCUCCAAAGAUAUGCAAGGAUCCGGCCCACUUUCACCGCAGUGGCUUUUUCCCAAGUCUGGGGAGAAUAAAACUGGGAUUGCAACUGGGGAAAACCAUUUCAAUCCACAUUCAGUUUAUCCAGGUGGGUCUGAACCCCCAAAAUCACCAGGGAUGGGUGAGGAUGUUCAUGAUCACCAGAAGAAGAAAGAAGUCUUCAGGCCAUCUGUGAUGGAUGUGGAAUCUGCACGCCGUGACCGCUGGCGUGAAGAAGAAAGAGACACUAAUUCCUCUAUUCGCAGGGACCGCUGGAGGGAGGGGGAUAAAGGGCUUGGUGAUGGUCGCAAGGUGGACCGCUGGACUGACUCAGCUGGAAGGCAUUACGGAGAAGGACGCCGUGUUCCAGUGGAACGCUUCUCUGAUUCGGGAAAUAGGGAAAGCAGUCAUGAUCAGCGUCGAGAGAGCAAAUGGAAUACACGAUGGGGCCCUGAUAAUAAGGAGGUAGAUGGUUUGCGUGAGAAAUGGAGUGAUUUUAGCAAAGAUGAUGACUUUCCCAUAGAAAAAGGGCCAUCUGGUCUUGUAUAUCAUGGUAAGGAUGAGAGAGAGGGAGACCACUACCGGCCUUGGAGGCCUAAUGCGUCUCAAAGUCGAGGUAGGGUGGAUUCUCCUCACCACCUAACCUUGACGCCAAACAAGCAUGCUUUUACAGCAAGCCAUGGCCGGGGACGUGGAGAAAAUGCUCCAACCUUUUCUCAUGGUCGAGGAAGGAUCCCCUCUGUAGGCAGCUCUAUGAAUGAUGUUUCUUCUCAUAUUCAGUCACAUAGUGUGCUCGCAGAGAAAGUUGAAAGUGGCCAUGAUGAGUCCUCUCCUUUAAGAUAUACCCGGACCAAAUUGUUGAAUGUAUACAGUACAACUGAUAUGAGAUCCUCUAGCAAAUACUUAGAAGGGGUUGCGCAAAUACCUUCACUCAUGCAAGAGGAACCUCUUGCACCUCUAGCUAUCGGUGCACCUAGUGCUGAAGAAUUGAUUGUUUUGAAAGGAAUUGAAAAUGGGGAAGUUCUGAGUAGUGGCGCGCCACAGAUCAAUAAAGACAGUUCUAUUGGUCGAAAUUCAACUGACUUUUUGCAGUCAAGAAGAAACAAACAAGGCAGCCGAAAUGAGUUACUGCAUGGUCUUGACGAUUCUAGAGAUGAAACUAUAGAUAAUGGAAGAGGUGGUCAUUCAGAUGGCUUCUAUGAUAGACAGUUACACUCCUUUGAGUCCAAUGCUAAAGUUGAGGCUGCACAGGAUUAUGAGAAAUUUUCUGAACUCAAGUUGAAUACUGAAGGAGUGUGGAGAUCACCAUCAAUUCGUGAGCGUUCACAUGUUGCCUCUAAAGAAUUUUUGGAGAUACCCGGGGUGGUUGGUUCCAAUAUUGGCUGGUCUGGGGCCCAGAAGGGUUUGGCAGAUGAGCGUGAAAGAAGUAUAUCCGAUUCAUCUUACACUAAAAGUGAAGGGCUAAAAUGGCAACUUGGGAAUGAUCCGUUGCUCAAAAGGCAACACUCUGCCAUCCUGGACAAAGAGUUGGAUAAGCAGAAGCUGCCACAAGCAUCUCCAGAAGAUUUCAUGCUAUAUUAUAAAGAUCCACAGGGUGAAAUUCAAGGACCUUUUUCUGGCAGUGAUAUCAUUGGAUGGCUUGAGGCGGGAUAUUUUGGAAUAGAUUUACUUGUUCGUUUAGUGGGGGCACCACCUGAUACACCAUUUGCCCAACUUGGGGAUGUUAUGCCUCACUUGCGUGCCAAAGCUCGGCCACCACCUGGCUUUGGUACACCAAAGCCAAGUACUGAUGCUUCUGCUGAAAUGAAUAUGAACCCCUUUGCAAUGCUUCAUUCAGGUCCAACUGAGAUUGAUAUUUCAAGAAGUGAACAAAGAUAUAAUCAUAGUUCAACAGCUGAUGCUGAGAAUAGGUUUCUGGAGUCGCUCAUGUCUGGCAGCACAAGUAAUGCUCCUCCCGAGAAGUUUGUUCACCCAGAAGGUAUGCCAGGUUAUAUUGGAAAUACUGCUGGUACAAUGCCUUCUGUGGGUUCUGAAAGUGGGGAUAAUCUGUACCUCCUGGCAAAAAAGAUAGCACUUGAGAGGCAGAGAUCUCUACCAAAUCCGUAUUCUUAUUGGCCAGGGAGAGAUGUUGCUUCCAUUGUUCCAACAUCGGAUGUGCUUCAUGAUUCGUUGCCACAUUCAAAACUUCCUUUAGUUGCUGACAAUGCUCGCCAACAGCCUCAUAAUCAGAAUGUGGAUUUGAUGUCUUUACUUCAAGGUUUACCAGAUAGAUCAGCAAGCAUGAACAGUGGAACUAGCGGCUGGUCUAACUUCCCAACUCAAGGAGGAUCAGAAAAUCUUCAAAAUAGGUUGGAUAUGCAUAAUGGUCAGAGGUUGAACACCCAAGCUGCAUUUGGGAUCCAGCAGCCAAGGCUACCAGCACAAAAUCCACCUUUAAUGAAUUUUCUAGGUCAAACAUUGGAUAAUCCAUCCAGCAUUUUAGCUCCUGAGAAGCUGCUUUCUUCUGGGAUCUCCCAAGAUCCACAAAUGUUAAAUUUGCUGCAGCAGCAGUACUUGUUGCAGCUGCAAACACAGACUCCUCUUUCACCACAGCAACUUUUGCUUCUGGAUAAAUUGUUGUUGCUCAAGCAGCAGCAGCAGAAACAGGAGCAGCAACAGUUAGUGCUCCAGCAACAGCAGCUACUUUCUCAGAUGCUGUCUGAGCAUCAUUCUUCUCAGCACUUUCCUGAACCAUCCUAUGGCCAAUUACAAACGGGUGGCAUCCCUACCGGAAAUGUUACUACGGAUCAUGCUCAGUUACAACCAUCACGUGAGUUGCUUAAUCUGGGUACCCAAUCUCAGCUACCAGCUAGGCAAGAAGAUCGUGCUCCAAAUUUUGUGUUGCCAACAAGCAUUUCUCUGGAUGGAUCUCAUAGUGUUGGUUCAGAACCCUCUUCUAUACAUUUGCCGCAUCAAGUUUUUGGAGAUUAUCAUCAGAGAAGCAGUGGAAACUAUCAGGAACAACUUGCUGUUGUCCAGCAAAGGGGUUCACUCAUAUCAACUGGUGGGAUUGAUCCAUUACCUGGUAUGGAUACAACCAACAAAUAUCCUCUGGAGCAUAAAUCAGAAAAUAUCGAACCAGCAACCGUCAUGAGUUCUGUGGCUGCUCCAAGUUUAUCACCUCCAGAGGGUUUAGCGACAUCUGUUGAUUUGCCACCCACCACUAGUCAUGGGAGUGAGUUGACUCUUGAUCAGCAAAGUGAAUAUGUACAGCCUCUACCCGAACGGCAUGAGAAACCACAAUAUGAAGGAGGUAAAAACUCUUCUGAUUCAUCUUCAGUAAAGGAAGUAAAGAAUAUUGAGUCUUCGGUAAAGGACAUGAAGAUUGUUGAGUCAUCUGAGGUUAAAAAGUCUACUGAGAAGAAAUCAAAAAAGCAAAAAUCUGCUAAAAUGCAAGCUGUUGACACUGCGAAUGGAGUAUCUAAGACAAAGCAACUAAAAUUAUCAGAAUCUAAGGAGGCUACUGUUUCUGAUGCAAAAUCUGAUAUACAUGGUGGUCCAACUGGAGUAGGUGUAGCCUCUGAACCAGAAACAAUGGAGAGGAAAAAUAAUAAAGUUGCUGUUGAUGAUGUGAAUGUACUAGGGGAAAAUUUGUUGCAUGUGAAUGUGGCGAGAGAAGGUGAAAAUGAUGUGACAAAGGGUGACCCAGAACAAAUUGGGGCUGUCUCGCCAAUCCGGUCCCAAGGAGUUUCUGGUGCACGAGCGUGGAAGCCUUCUCCUGGUUUCAAGCCAAAGUCUUUACUGGAAAUUCAAGAGGAAGAACAGAGGAGAGCACAAGCAGAAAUAGUUGUUACUGAAAUCACAUCUCAAAACCCAGUUAAUGUUUCUACUCCUUGGGCAGGGGUGAUUGCUAGUUCUGCUGAUCAAAAGCAUCUUAGAGAAACUGAACUAGAUGCUAGUAGCAGGGAAUUAAAUUUGAGGAAAUCAGAUAGUUCUUUUAAUCAAAAGAGUAAGAAAAGUCAACUACAUGAUGUAUUGGCUGAAAAUUUUGUGGUUAAGUCAAGUGAAAGAGAAGAGGUUGCCAACAGUGAGCCCAGUUUACCUGCUGUUCCACAUACAGGCUUUCAAGCUGAUGCUGGAGAUGAUGACGCUUUCAUUGAAGCUAAAGAUACGAAAAAAAGUCGGAAGAAGUCAGCAAAAGCCAAGGCAGCUGCAUCUAGGACUUCAGCACCUGUUGCUUCUGUGGAAAUCCCUACAGGAUCAAGCCCCAUUGACAAAGUCAAGAUUUCACGUCAAGUACAAAUGGAAAAAGAGAUGUUACCUGCUGUACCUUCUGGUCCAUCAUUGGGAGAUUUUGUCAUUUGGAAGGGUGAGACUGCAAACACUUCUGCUGCUCCAGCAUGGUCUACUGACUCUGGGAAAACCCCAAAACCCACAUCGUUGAGGGACAUUCUGAAGGAACAGCAAAAGAAGGGUUCUACUGGUCCACAGCAUAUUCCAGUGCCAACACCCCAGAAAUCUGUCCCAACUCAACCUGCCCGAGGAGGCACUGGUUCAUGGUCUCAUACUGCUUCCUCUCCAUCCAAGGCUGCAACGCCAAUUCAAGUUAAUUUACAAGCUGCUUCACAAUCCAAGACUCAAGUGGAAGAUGAUUUCUUUUGGGGCCCAAUAGAUCAACCCAAGCAAGAAGCAAAGCAGUCUGAUUUUCCCCAUCUUGGAAACCAUGGAAGUUGGGGAGUCAAGAAUACCCCAGUGAAAGGGAGUGUUGGUGGGUCAUCUAAUAAGCAAAAGUCAACUGGCAGGCCCAUGGAACGUGUAAUGUCUUCAUCUCCUGCCUCAGCUCACUCAUCUUUGAAAGGGAAGAAAGAUUUCCAAACAAAGCACUCUGAAGCCAUGGAUUUCAGAGAGUGGUGUGAGAGCGAGUGUGCAAGGCUUAUUGGAUCAAAAGAUACAAGUUUUCUAGAGUUCUGUUUGAGGCAAUCCAGAUCUGAGGCUGAAACACUCCUGAUUGAGAAUCUAGGCUCUUUUGACCCUGACCAUGAGUUCAUUGAGAAGUUCCUAAACUACAAAGAUUUCUUGCCUGCGGAUGUUCUUGAGAUUGCCUUCCAGAGACAGAAUGAUCGAAAGGUCACCGGAAAAGGUGCUGGAGAUGUGACUUCUGACCCUGUUGGCAUUGUAGAAGCCGGUGAGGGUGGUAAUGCUGGUGGUGCUCUGGAUGUUGCUACGAAAGGGGGUGGAAAGAAGAAGGGCAAGAAAGGGAAAAAGGUUAAUCUUUCAGAGCUUGGAUUUAACGUGGUUAGCAAUCGGAUUAUGAUGGGAGAGAUUCAGAGCAUAGAAGAUUAAGUAGUAGGGAGAGGAUAACAAACAGUUCAGGCUGUAAAUACAGUUUGUUUUUUUUGAGACUGUACAUGCAUGUUUAACUUUAGAAUUCAUAGGGGUGCAAAGGUAGCAGUGAUAUUUAAGCUGCUCAAGCAAUUUUGUGGCCUUUUGCGCAGUGUUAGAUCCUUUUGUUUGUUUUGACUUAUGAUGUUUCAACAAAGCUGUUAGCUUUUAAUAUUAUUUCCAUAUUGCUCA